GAGUACCUAUGGUCUGGAUAGCAGAGUUGAAAGUUUAAUAUAUUUAAUAAUUUUUAAAUUAAAUACAUAAAUUAAAAUAGUUUAAUAAAUUUAAAUAGAACACCGAUUUUGUAAGUUCCUUUCUAUUGCUUCGAAAAUUAGGGAUUUGUGAAGCCAAUGUGAAGAAACUGUGUUGUGGAACUGUACUGUAAAAACGAUAUGUCGAGCAAUGAAAACUCCUGCGACAAGCCCAAGGAGUACAUCUGCGACUACUGCACCCGCACCUUCACGCGGUACUACAACCUGCAGACGCACAUCGAGAACUGCCACCUCAAUUCAUCAUGCUGCUGCGAGAUCUGCUACCAGAGCUUCGGCAGCCCGGCCGGCCUGCAGCAGCACCUCAGCCGCGGCCACAAUCGCUUCGGCCAGGGGCUGCCGGAGUGCGACAUCUGCGGCAGGAUAUACGCCAGGAAGCAGAACAUCGCCACCCACAUGCUCACCACCCACCUGCUGAGCUACCGCCCCGAGAUCCGCUGCGACCUCUGCUGCAAGGUGUUCACCACCGAGCGCAACCUCCGCCGCCACGCCGCCAUGCUCCAUAACCCCGACUUUGAGUAUCUCACCUGCGACACCUGCAAGAGGAUCUUCAAGGGCAAAGAUUCGCUGGUCACCCACAUCCAAACGGUGCACGCGCCGCUGAAGGACCUCAUUAAAUGUCACGAGUGCGACAAAAUUUACACCAACAAGAGAAAUCUAAAGCGCCACAUCGAGAUGAGUCACGAGAGGAGAGUCGAGUUCAAAUGCUCGAGGUGCACGAAAACUUACACGUCUAAGCAGAGUUUGAAACGACACGAACAAAGCGUCCACUCGGAGAAUCACGAUGGCCGCUCGCCCCCGCUGUGUCCCACUUCGACCGAAGGCAGGGACGAAACUAACUUUUCGAUAGAGAUGGAGCAGCACGAGAGAAGCGGUGAAUCUCGACACAAAGAUCUAGGGAAUCGUGUAGCUUGUGAAACUUGCUCCGCGACAUUUUUCGAGGAGGCGCAGCUACGAAAGCACAUAAAAGAAACUCAUACAUUCCAAGACUUCUACAAGUAUUGUAAGAAAGUUCUCCUGCUGAGGUCCGGGGACUCGACGACAGAUGGCGGUAACGGGAAGUGGCACUACUGCGAUAUGUGCUCGGAGUACUUCGUCGCAGCGAUCGAGCUCGAGCGUCACAUCGGGUCGAGGCACGACAGGGCUUACCAACCGUCCACGUGCAACGUUUGCUUUCGACGUUUUUACAGCAGGGAGUCGAUCGCCGAACACAAAACGGUGUGCGUCCCUCCCCCGGAUGCCAACCCCUGCGGCCACUGCGACCGGCUGUUCACCGACGUGUCGAGCCUGGAAUUCCACAUCAAAAUAUUUCACCCGCGAGCGCAGAUCGCGGACUCGAACGUCUCGUCGACGUUCGUGGAGGAGCCCGCCGAGACCGUCUUCAAAUGCAGCCGCUGCGAGCGAGUGUACUACGCCGAGCGGUCCCUCCGACACCACGUCAAACUGAAGCACAGCCUGGACGAGGAGGUGCAGUGCCAGCUGUGCGGCCGGGUCUGCAGCAACAAGUACUAUUUGGCGUCGCACAUGAAAAUAGUGCACAACGACGACGACUGGUCCAAGUGCAAGUACUGCGGGAAGCAGUUCAAAACGAAGAGGAACAUCCGCCGCCACAUCGAGUUCACCCACCUCGGCCGGCAGAGGUACAGGUGCAUCGCCUGCGACACCCUGUUCAAGGAGAAGCGGAGCCUGAGGAAGCACGUGCGCAUCAAGCACCCCGACUCCGAUCUGUUCCCGCAGUGCCAUAUCUGCCUCAAGCGGUUCGAGUCGGCCAAGUCGCGCAAGAUCCACCUGAAGCUCCUGCACUCGUUCAACGUGAGCACGUUCCCAUGCGGCGUGUGCACGAUGUCGUUCGCGUCACAGGCGGCGCUGGACGAGCACCUGGCCGCCGAGCACCUCGCCGAGAACGAGAUCUACAAGUGCGAGGACUGCGGCCUCGUGCUGGAGGGGCAGGCGACGUACGAGCGGCACCGGCGCUCGCGGCACGCGGGGCCCGCGGGGCGGCCCGGCCAGCCGCCGCGCUGCAUCCUCUGCGACAAGGACUUCAGCUCGCGGAAAACCCUGAGGAGGCACAUCAAGAACUUCCACAAGGAGUUCGAGGACGAGGAGCUGGCGAGGCUGUGCUCCGGGCGGCCCGCCGGCGUCGACUGCCCGGCCUGCAUCAGGAACUUCGCCGACGACUACUACUACGACGUGUACCUGAAGGUGAAGGACGUGCCCGACGCGGUGGUGUUCAAGUGCGAGUUCUGCAAGGCCUCCUACGGCCGUUUUGAGUAUCUGGUGCUGCGGCACAAGCAGACCUUCGAUAUGAGCAGGAGCAGGAGCUACUUGAGCGAGUUGUGUACGGCGGAGAUGAGCGAGGAGUCGGGGCAGUCGGACGAUGGUGUGGGGCUGGACACCGCGCCCAUGGAGCCAGAGAGUACCACCGCCGAUGUGAAAAUAGAGUUCACUCAGAAGCCCGAUUGCGACAUCAAGUCGGAACCGCAAUCUCCAAAGAGUGCAGGUGAUGUUGAAUAAUAAAAAACAACACCUCCUGAUGUGAUAUUGAUUUAUGGUAAAGAAGAAGAACUCUUGAUCUCAAAUACGCACACCGACAUAUCUCCAUAUGCAAACCAAUAUUAUAAUUUAUAAAUAUGUUCUGCUGUAAAUUUGUACCUAUUACUGUAGAUUGUAAUUUCUGCAAUUUAUUGUUUA